GUGAAAAACGAGCAUGGCAAUUGGCAUUGCGGCAUUGCGUACAUAUUAUUUCUCUUAAUUGUAGGUUUUUCUUUUCUGUCGUUCAUGUUUAAAUUUCUGAAAUAAUAUUUUUACCAUGCACGUGUUAAAGUUUCCCAAUCUUGUGCUUUAGUUUACGACGUUACACCAGUUAGCAAAAUGUUAACACAACUGAGCAGAACUCUCUGCAAACUUAUCGUCUCUGAAAAUCUCCUCUCUUUUAUCUUGUUCAGUUACCUUAUUUCUAAAGCCUGUGACCAUGCCCCUGUAUUUUACUCAACCUUAUCAAAGCGUCUCAAGUCAACCAAUCAUCGCUUGACAAGUAAAGGUACAGCCAAGUAUUUUGGACGGUUCAAACUACCGCUAGCAAAAUGCAUGUUUUUUCAAGACAAACGAUCAUCUUGUUUACAGCAUCCGGAAGAUUUUUGUCAAGAUAGAAGCUGUUUGAAAAAAAAUUUAAGAGACCUGUUUGAUUUAAUACGAGCUGCUCGUUCGGAAAUUCUACUUUGUUGUUACACAUUCUCCUAUCGAGAACUUGCAAAUGUCAUAAUGGAAGCCUGUGACAGAAAUGUCAAAGUGAGAGUAGUGGCUAACUUUGAUUCGGCUGUAAAGGAAGACAGCUCCAUACUGAAUUUUCAUCAUAAGGGAAUAAGGAUCAGAAUGAAACAAUCUACCUACAUUCUUCACCACAAGUUUAUCAUCAUUGAUGGGAAAAUUUUGAUUAAUGGCUCUACAAAUUUUACAGAAAAGGGUAUCCUCGGAAAUACCGAUAGUUUACUAAUAACAUCAGAUCCGUUCUUUAUCAAAGAGUAUACAGACGAAUUUAACUACCUAUGGAGCACUUUUCCCUUGACACUAUGAUUAAUUAUAAUUUGGAUUGACAGAAUUACAAUCUUUUAGAUGCGCUGUGCAUGAAACAAUCAAACCUAAGAGAAUAAGGGGUGGUGAACAACUUUCCAAUUUAGAAUGUGAGUGUCAGUACCUACAACAUCUACAAAAGAAUUACUAUCUUUUUGAUGCACUGUGCAUGAACUGCAAACAAUCAAACCAAAGAGAAUAACAUGGUAUUAGGGAGUGAACAACAUACCAGUAUAGAAUGUGAAUGUCAGUACCAACAGUGAAAUGACUAAAAAACACAACUUGGAUGAACUCUGAUUAGUAUAAAUGAUGAAAUUUUAAGUUUAUUUUAGACACCUUUUAUAUUUUUGGAAGAAUCACGCUGUCUUUUUUAUUCUUGAAAUUUAAUUUAAAAAAUAUUCCUGUCCCCAGAAAGCUAAGUAUAUUUUUGCUUUUUUAUCCUAUACGCCUUUGAAAAGGAUUUUAUCGAAGUCAAGGAAACACAAAUCUGAAGUUUUCCAGAAUUUGUUUUUUGCUUGUUUAGUGUGAUUUAUAUAGCUUAAGUUCCUUUUUUUUUUUUCACAAACUCAAUCGUUUUAUGAAUGGUCCUGAGACUGAUAAAUUCUCAGAGAGCGCUGAAGUAGCAUGUUAAUUAUGCAUAACAAUCUUCUGUUUAACUUAUGUUUCUUCUCUGUCACUGCCUCAGCCUGUCAUUUUGCUGUUAGUCAGUAAGCAUGUGCACUUAACAAGCUUUUUAUGUCAUAUUUACGUUUUUCUUGUUUUCCAAUCAAAACUGAAUGCAUUAAGUCAUUCGUGCUACUUGCUUGUUUAUCAAAGUGAACAUUUUUGAAACUACUUGCUGGAGGAAAGUUUUAUUUUUUUUUUAAAUUUCUGCAAUUAAUUUUCAGAGGAACACUCGCCAGUUAAGGAUGAAGGAGAAUAAACCAUUUUUUCAACAUA